AUAGGAGAAGACCGCAUUAGAGAUUCGAAAAAGCAUGCAACCAAAACCCGUAAACCGCCCCUUGUAAAGCCAUCCACCUUCUUCUCUCCCACUGUCUUCGCGACACUCAUAUAAAUCCCCUCUCACUCCAAACCAAACCAAACCAAACCUCAGGACUUGUUAUUCUCAAAUGGACACAAACAUCGGAUCCAUCGACGCGUGUAAGCCCGCCAACAGCGACCUCGCCUCUCCCCCCAACGGCGCCGUUUCCACCGUCCAGGGCUCGGCGGCCCUCGCCUCCUCCGAGGCCACGCUGGGGCGCCACCUGGCGAGGCGGCUGGUGCAGGUGGGGGUCACCGACGUUUUCUCCGUGCCCGGUGACUUUAACCUCACCCUCCUCGACCACCUGAUCGCGGAGCCCCAGCUGAAGAACAUAGGCUGCUGCAACGAGCUCAACGCCGGCUACGCCGCCGACGGCUACGCCCGCUGCCGUGGCGUCGGCGCCUGCGUCGUCACCUUCACCGUGGGCGGCCUCAGCGUGAUCAACGCCAUCGCCGGCGCCUACAGCGAGAACCUCCCUCUCAUUUGCAUCAUUGGUGGGCCCAACACCAACGACUUCGGCACCAACAGGAUCUUGCACCACACCAUUGGCUUACCUGAUUUCAGCCAGGAACUUAGGUGCUUCCAAACCGUUACUUGCUACCAGGCUGUGGUGAAUAACUUGGAAGAUGCUCAUGAAAUGAUCGACACCGCGAUCUCAACUUGCCUGAAAGAAAGCAAGCCUGUGUACAUUAGCAUAAGUUGUAACUUGCCUGGCAUUCCUCACCCCACCUUCAGUCGUGAACCUGUUCCGUUUUCUCUCUCUCCAAGAUUGAGUAACCACUUGGGGUUGGAGGCAGCAGUGGAGGCAGCAGCAGAGUUUCUAAACAAGGCAGUGAAGCCAGUAAUGGUGGGUGGUCCUAAACUGAGAGUGGCCAAGGCAAGUGAUGCAUUUGUAGAACUUGCUGAUGCAUGUGGUUAUCCAUAUGCUGUGAUGCCAUCAGCCAAGGGCCAACUCCCAGAGGACCACCCUCACUUCAUGGGCACAUUCUGGGGUGCUGUCAGCACUGCAUUCUGUGCUGAGAUUGUGGAAUCUGCUGAUGCAUACCUUUUUGCUGGCCCCAUUUUCAAUGACUACAGCUCUGUGGGGUACUCACUCCUCCUCAAGAAGGAGAAGGCCAUCAUUGUGCAGCCAGAUCGUGUUGUGAUCUCGAAUGGACCUGCAUUUGGGUGCGUUUUAAUGAAGGAUUUCCUCAAGGGACUUGCAAAGCGUCUCAAUAAGAACACCACUGCAUAUGAAAACUACUACAGGAUAUUUGUCCCUGAUGGACAGCCUGUGAAGGCUGAACCUAGGGAACCCUUGAGGGUUAAUGUUCUGUUUAAGCACAUACAACAGAUGCUGUCUAGUGAAACUGCUGUCAUUGCUGAGACCGGGGACUCUUGGUUUAACUGCCAAAAGCUGAAGCUACCAAAGGGGUGUGGGUAUGUUGAUAGGUAUGAGUUCCAAAUGCAAUAUGGCUCAAUUGGAUGGUCUGUUGGUGCAACUCUUGGCUAUGCUCAGGCUGUUCCUGAGAAGCGUGUCAUUUCUUGCAUUGGUGAUGGAAGCUUUCAGGUAACAGUUCAGGAUGUGUCCACAAUGAUAAGAAGUGAGCAGAAGAGCAUCAUCUUCCUGAUAAACAAUGGUGGAUACACCAUUGAAGUUGAAAUCCAUGAUGGGCCAUACAAUGUGAUUAAGAACUGGAACUACACUGCCUUGGUUGAUGCAAUCCACAAUGGUGAAGGAAAAUGUUGGACCACUAAGGUUACAUGUGAAGAGGAACUUAUUGAGGCAAUUCAGACAGCAACAGAAGACAAAAAGGAUUGUUUGUGCUUCAUUGAAGUGAUUGUUCACAAGGAUGACACAAGCAAAGAAUUGCUUGAAUGGGGCUCAAGGGUGUGUGCUGCCAACAGUCGUCCUCCAAAUCCUCAGUGAAUUUCAGAUUAAGAAGUUUAUGGAAUCAAUGGAGUUUUGCUAUGUUUAAGUUGAGAUCAAUUUUAAUUAAGAUGCUUAUGUACGAGAGGAAUUUUCCUUUGUCAAUGCUUUGAGCAUUUAUUAAUUAAAUGAGUGUACUACAUUUUAUGUAAAUUUUUUCUUUGCGGCCGAAAGUUAAUCUACCACUUUAUUAUGAAUCA